UUCACCAACAGGCCUCUGAACAUGUCGCGAUUCGUGAUUUUUUUCUUAUUUUUUGUGGUGGCUAUACAUAUAGCCAAUGGAUUGAAUCCACGAAAACUCGAUGAGGGUGAGAGCAAGUGUGGAGGUUGUCCUUGUGACAAACCUUGUAAUCCACCUUCACCACCACCACCUCCACCUUCACCACCACCACCUCCACCAGAUUUGCCACCACCAUCACCGCCACCACCAAAGAAACCGCCAAGCGGCUAUAACUGCCCUCCUCCUCCUUGUUCCGAUGGUUGCGGCGGAGGAGGAGGUGGUGGUGGUGAAAAUGUUCCCUCUUCUCCAAAUUCACAAUAUAUCUAUAUGACUGGUCCACCAGGGGAUUUGUACCCCGUUGACCAUAACGUUGAUGGUGCAAAAAGGAGCUUUUCUAGUGGAUUUUCACUUUUGAUCAGUGGAUUCUUCUUGGGAUUGCUUUUAUUUUGGUGAAAGAUCAAAUCAAAUUCUCUGUGUAAAAGAAGAAGAAUAAGAGGAAGAAGAGGAGGAGGAGAAACAGCAAAUUUCAAAGACCAAUAAUUUAGUGGCUACGAAUAUAUUCUAAUUCUAUUAUUAGUAAGUUGGUCCUUAGCUGUAAUCUUGAUAUUCAUGUGUUUCAUAUAGUUCCAUAACCUUCUAAAUUUUCUUCCACUUGUUGGAAAAUUGAAUGUCUAUCCUAUUUCAAGAGACAAGUUAUUGAUUGUUGUAAAAUUAAAUGUCUAUCCUAUUUCAAAAGACAAGUUAUUGAUCGUCUGCUCAUGAUAGCUAUUUCCUAUU